AUGGGGAUCCGAAACCUGGCGACAAACAUCAAGCCCUAUUCCCAAGACUAUGUUCUCGAUUCCAACUCCAGAAUUGUCAUUGACGGACCCAGUCUCGCAUACCACAUUAUCUCUUUGUGCUCGCCCAGGCAGGGAGCCACAACACCCUUCCAGCAGCCUCGCUACGAUCUCUUGGCCGACACAGCUUUGGCAUGGCUACAGGAGCUGGAGCGACAUGGCCCUACCGUUGCUGCCAUUUAUUUUGAUGGACACUUGCCGAGACGGAAGCUGGCAGAGAGGCUCGAGCGAUCCACUAAAGUCUCUCGGCAGCUAAAUAAUUUCUUCCUCUCUACUCCUCACGGUGUUUCCGAGAUUACACCGCGCAUAACUUCAGUAGAAGCCGUCAGGCUAUUUUCCCCGGAUGGCAGGCUGGCGGCAAGUACUACUUCAGGCUCGGGAACUUUGCCAAUCCCUUCGUUCGCAGUCGGCGCCAUAUAUGAUGCUUUGCGCCAAUCAGAGCGGUAUGGAUCCUUGACAAAGCUUGUCCCAGAGGAGGCGGACUGCUACUGCGCAGAGUCCGUACGUCUCGCAGGAGGCAUCAUCUUGACCUCGGACUCAGACUUGUUAGUCUAUGAUCUGGGCGAGGACGGCAGCGUCACGUUGUUCCAGGACAUUGGAGUUCCAGCGGCUGGCACCACUGCCGGGUCCGUUGUUGGUUUCCACACCCGAACCUACACUCCUGCAAAGAUAGCCAACAGGCUCGGUCUACCAAAAGCCUACGGUUUGUCCGCUCUGGCCUUUGAGAUCUAUAUGGACACGCACAUUAGCCCAGGCAAAUUACUGGAAAAGUCGAGACAGUCGGCUGCCAUCAAAGCAAACCCAAAAGAGUACGAACUCUUCAUGGAGCAGUAUCGACUAUCUCCCCGGGACAUAACUACCGCGGCGAUGCUUUCCCUUGAGGAGAUGAAGCCAAUGGAUUCAAGGACGUCAGAGCUUGUUAUCCAGUCCCUCAGCCCUGCAGAUGUGAGCUCAUUCGAGGUUGAGGAUGGUGCCAGCGAUAAUUCAAAUGAAAUAGCCAUGUUUCUCCCCGCCCUCGUUGAUGCAUGGUCACGAACCAGUGCGUGGGAGAUGAGCACAUCUGUUAGGGCAUUAGCCUACAGCGUCCUCCAGCUUGCCCAGGACUCGGCUACCAAACACAGCCAAGUCCGCGAGUACAGGCGACUAGUGUCGGCCAAACCCAGUGGCACGCUACUGAGCCUGCUCAAGGGUGAUGAUUUCGACGUCUCUUGCACAAGGUUGACAGAGAUUAUCACAAAGAUCCGUUCCAUCAUGACCAGCUCAGACCCCUCUCUAGCCUGGGCUGUCUUUGGAUUACAUGAAGAACUACGCUGCUCUCAAGAAGCAGGAAAACAGCCCCUUGGGCUACAUGUCCUCACUCAGUGCACCAAUUCGGAUGGUACCAUCCGAGACACUGCCUCCUGGGAUAUUCUUCACUUUGUCGCACAGAUCAACGGUCUGUUCUACUCUUUGCGAAUGCUACGACAGGCACUCGACUUCGUUGCCGGCCGUAUGCCUCUCUCGUCGCCCGCUCUGAAAGAUCUUUCGGACGGGCUUUGUCACAUACCCCACAUCACCAAUUAUUGCUCCGUGCACGACAUCAAGGACCUCCCGCAGAGGCUGAAAUCCACAUGUGGGCUAGAUGCCCUGAAAGAAGUUGCCGACUUGUCAAAGCCGAUUGCUUUUGAUGACAGACCGAAGCUUCAGGGCAAGAGUAAGAAGAAAAGGAAACGAACAGCAGAUGCGUCGGGCGCAAGAGCUAGUCCAAAGCUGGCCAGCAAGGCUAGGAAUAUGUUCUCACUUUUGGAUUCCAUCGGGUCAGAUUGA